CAACAUAACCUAACUGGUGAGACUUUGGCAAAACAGCUAAAAAGUUAACCAGUCUCAUCUGAUCAUUUAAGUAUAUAGUGAAUAAUAACAUGAUAAUAACGUAAUACUUAUAAUGUUUUAUAAGAUUUCUUUCUUAUAAAAUAGUGGUACUGUGAUAAGUUUUAUUUCCAAUUUGUAUUCUUUUGUUUAAAAUGACUGUAACAUACAAUGCAGACGUUGCAACAGUGCACGGUUUGGGACCAUUUUUGAAAUUGUUAGGAAGGUGGCGUGGGAGUCUCUACAAAUUAGUAUGGUUGGAUUUAGUAUUAUUUUUAGUUAUAUAUUAUGGUUUGAAUAUAAUUUACAGAUUUUUAUUGGACGACCAAGGAAAAGUGAUUUUCGAGAACAUUGUUCGAUAUUGUGAUGAUUAUGCAAAUCUGAUACCAUUAUCGUUUGUAUUAGGUUUUUAUGUUACUGUAGUAAUGAAUAGAUGGUGGAGUCAAUACAGAGCUAUUCCUCAUCCGGAUCCGGUAGCUGUUUUCGUUAGCGCUACAGUACAUGGUCAUGAUGAACGUGGUAGAGUUAUGAGAAGAACAAUAAUGAGAUAUAUGUGUUUAUGUGUUACAAUGGUUUUUACUAUGAUCUCUCCUCGAGUGAAAAAACGUUUCCCUACUUUGGAUCAUUUUGUAGAUGCUGGUCUUCUACAACCUAGCGAAAAAGAUAUUAUGUCUGAUCUUGAUAAAAAAUUUCCAAAAUAUUCGAAACAUUGGUUACCAUUAGUUUGGGCCUCUAGUAUAGUAACUAGAGCUCGCAAGGAAGGGCGAAUUAGGGAUGAUUUUGCCGUUAAAACAAUAAUAGAUGAAAUGAAUAAAUUCAGAGGCCAAUGCGGGUUACUUUUAACUUAUGAUCAUAUAAAUAUUCCUUUGGUUUAUACCCAGGUAGUUACAUUGGCAGUUUACAGUUAUUUUAUCACAAACGUUAUGGCUCAUCAAUGGACAACACACAAUAAGUACAAUUUCGAUUUGUUUUUUCCAAUUUUUACAACUUUACAAUUCUUCUUCUACAUUGGAUGGUUAAAAGUGGCCGAAUCGAUGAUAAAUCCUUUUGGCGAUGACGAUGACGAUUUUGAGGUUAAUUGGAUGGUUGAUAGAAACUUACAGGUGGCUUAUUUAAUUGUCGAUGAAAUCCACCAUGAUCAUCCCGAAUUGGUUAAAGAUCAAUAUUGGGACGAAGUUUUUCCACAAGAGUUACCAUACACAGAAGCUGCCAGAGCUAUAAGAGAUACACAUCCACUUCCUUCAACGGCUAAUAUAGCAACAAGACCUCAAGAUUUCGAAACAAAUCAGUACGGUUCAAAUAAAAUGUAUGAUAUGCAGUCUUAUGUGACAGGUUUAGAUGGAGGUCCAAUUACAUUUUCAGCUAAACCUCGACCGAAUUCAUUUAGAUCGAAGGGAUCACAAAACUCUUUAAUAGGAAAAUCUGUACCUGAUUCUAUAUCAAGACAUAAUUCAGUUACGAAUAUGCUGAAGAGAUUUUUUAGUAGAGAUGAAAGCAAAAAUGAUGCGAAAGUUGAAGGAAACGAAAUGAACAAUUUGAUGUCUCAAUCAUCUUAUCCCAAACACGCCGGAAGCGUUAAAAAGAUUGCGGACGAUGUGAUUGAAGAGGUUGAUGAACAGCAAACUAUAAAUUCACAGAGAUCCUUUAAGGAACCCCGACCAACUGUAAUGAGUUUGUUUGGUCCACCAUCUCCUUCUUCACCAAUAGACGUACCACAUUCCAAUAGCUUCAACAAUUUAGAUUCAAAUAUUUUCGAUCCAUUUGGUCCAAUAUCAAGAUCUAUUCCUGGUAUGUCGCAUGACGGUAAUGAUGGAGUGAGUAUAGGAGGAUCUGUGACAGAUGAUGACGACGAUGAAUUUUCUAGAUUGAAAAAACUUAGAGAAGAAGAACGUAUUAGUCGUAUGAAGGAGACGAUUUCAAGAUCUUUUGGUAAAGCCGAUGAUGUGGAUGUUGUAUUAAGCCGGCAAUCAUCAUCACAAGCUACAUCAACAACACCUACUCCCACUUGCAAAACGCCCGUUAUGCCAAAUAUUUAACUGGUAUUAAAUAUUGUUUUUCUCAACGAAAAAAUAUAAAUACCUUUUUAUAUUAAUAACAUUGUAUAAAAUUUUCUUUUAAUAUUUGUUGAUAUAUUAGUUCUAGGUUAUCUUAUAAUAAUAAUAAUAAUUUAUUUAUAGUGAAAUAUCUCUUUUGGUUUAACGCCGUGCUUAUAAAAAUGUAAUUCUCCCAAGGUUUAAAAGCAACCAAUUUUUUGGAGUUGAAUAGAAAUUUUCUGCUCCAUACUAGACAUUAGUUGUUUCACUCUGUAUACAAUAAUAUAAAAAGAUUUUGAUAAAUUUGCUUCGAACUGUUUUACUGAGAGUACUUUAAAGUUGCUCUAACUAAUUUUAUAAUGGUUAUUAUAAUAAACAGACUCAUUUGUGAUACUUAUCUGUGUUGUGGAAACCUGACAAUACAUUUAUAAUAAUGUAUAAAAAAAAUUAGAAUUAGGUGUAUAUUUAUUAUUGUUAAAAGACUAUUGGAACUAUUAGAUAUGGCUCUUGAGAUUUUAUAACACCAACCUGAAUAUAAAAUUUUUUACAUAUGACUCAAUGAAAAUAGAAGAAAUUAGCCUAUGAUCGGAUACUUUUCUGCUUUAAUCAACAAUUUCUUUAUUAAGUGAAUCUCAAGCUGUUGUUCGUUGGUAAAUAUUUAUAUAAUAUGUAUUCUUGGAUAUUUUAAAAGGGUAUCCAUAUAGAUUCAUUUUUUUCAAUUAAUCGUGAGAAAAAGCACAAAAGUACAUUAAUCAUUAUUUAAAAUACUAUGCAACAUUUGGAAAAUAAUGGUUUAUGUACUAUUCUCAGGAACACUCGAAAAGUAACAGAAAGGCAAAGGUCUUAAAAUUUAAUCAAAAACCAAGAAGCAAAAAUAGAGAAAAAUGGGUGAUCAAUCCGAACAAAUUUCACUAAUGAAGCCAACAUUUUUGUCAGUUCCUGUGCAUUCUUCAUGAUACCAACGAAAACAUUGAUUUGAUCUUAUCCAUGCCUCUCCUCUUGCACUUCAGUAUCGGAAUCACUAGAGGAGGUAGAAGGUCGUUUGGUUUUUUGUUUUGGAACAGAUUUGUCUUUGGCUUCUGCAUAACUUUUCAUUUUUAUUCGUUGAUUCUCUCUUAGUAACCAAUCAAAGUAAAUAAUUUUAAGCGACGUUUUAUUAAAAAACAAAUGGUUACAUUUGAUACCAUUUAUUUUGAAGUAUCGGUACAUGAAAUUUAUAAAUAAUUAUAGUUACUUUGGGUUGGUAACUAUAGUUUAUCUAUGACUUCGUAGUUAUUAUUAUAGGUAAUAAAUUCAAAAAACGAUUUUAUUCAUUAAACUUUGACAACAAAAAAUAAUUGCCAUUACCCAUUAUACCCAUAAUUUUCAAAAUAAAAGUACUUUUUCUUUAUUUUUAGGACUUAAUGUAUAACAGAAUUGUACUUAUUGUAGUAUAUAAAAAUGUGUAUACAAGUCAAAUUGUAAAAUUAUAAAUAAUAGCAUGUCAUAUUCAAGACAGUACUGGGUCGUUGAUAUUGAAAAUAAACAGAUGUAAAUAAUUUUAUAUCCAUGAUAAGGAUAAUUGAGUGUGGGAUGUCAAUAUUCACAUUUUUUAAUUUCAAACAAUAUUGUGGAAGCCAUAUCUCAUAGAUUAUAGGUCUUCUCAAUGACUCCAGUGAUAACUACAGUAAUGGUAAUUAGAACUCACUAUAAACCCAUGAACUACUGUUUAGGUAUGAGUUUUGAUUACAUUUUAUUUAAAUUCACAGCUACAACUAUUCAAUCAGUUUUAUUGGUCAGAGGAAACAUUUUAAUAGAAGGUAUAGAAGCAUGUCAUGUUUUGAUAUUAUCUCCUUUAGAAUUUUCUUACAAAACAUGACAUGUCUAUAGUGAAAUGGUUUCUUUUAUGCACAUGAAAUAACACAAUUUUCUAGUUUAUGGCGGGUAAUUUUUACCAUUAGAGUCAUCUGUCCUGAGUGAUCGAAAAUAUCUAUAGUACAAUGUCAAUUGAUUAAUUGUAUAAACAGUUCAUUUUUUGUGAAAUCUGAUUUCCAUUCCAGUAUAGCUUAGAUUAUAGAUAAGUUGGAACAAAAAUAGUUUGAUACAUAUUCCAUUCCUUAUAAGAGAUAAUUUCAGUUUACUUUAUUAACCUAGAAAAAAUACUUUUAUAAUUUCGUUUUUUAGGUUUAUUUAUUUGUAUACAGUGUAUUCAAGAGUUUACAUUUGAUUUAUGAUAAUUGCAAUAGCAUUUAUCAAAAUUUUUUUUCACGUAGUGUUCUUUUUAAAUGCAUUGUUUAUAACCACUACGCUAACACUCACAAUUAUACAAUUCCAAUAUCGUACUGGCAUCUUGAUAACAAAGUUUUCGUUUUCAGGCACUGAACAUACUGUUUACUACCCUUAAACCAACACUUACAAUUACACUGUCCUAUUGGCAUCUUCUAAACAAAUUUAUCAUUUUCAGACACUGAAUAUACUGUUUACUACCCCUAAUCCAACACUCACAAUUACACUGUCUGACGUCAGUUUCCAUAAAAAAGUUUUCAUCACAUAUAGUGUAAGUGUAACUGUUGGUGUAGCUCCCACUCCCCGUCAUAACCUCGGAAAUUUAAAUUGGUGAUGUUUAGCAUUGUAUUUUUCUCAUAAUUUCGUUUCUCAGUCUUAUUGAGACAUCUGUAUUGUUUAAUCUGUAGUGGUAGUAAACAAUGCGUUAAGUGUAAAUAUUACCAAUGGUUUUCGAAAUUCAAACCAAGAGUUUUUUGUAAUUGGUUUCAUUUAUUUAAAAUUUUAAGUUCCAUAGAUAUAUACCAUAAGAGUAUUUAUUUGAAAAAAUUUAAUUUAUAUCAAACUGUUUUCAUAAAGAUAACAGAAAAAUUUUCUAACAAUUAUUUCUCACCAUAAUCUACUUUUAACAAAGUUUUCUGUUAUUUUGGUAUAUUAAAAAAGAUGUUGCAUACUUGUUUUAUUCGAUUACUAGAAUUUUCUAUUCAUUUUUUAUUGACUUAGCCUCAAGGGAGGUCAAUAUUGAAAUCACAACAAUAUUGAAUAGUUUUCUAUUGGUGAUUUGGAGGCUUGGAUCACAUAAUUGAACCAUAAUUUAUAUUUUUACAUUGUUAUUAUACCGAAAUUUCACAAUAUUUCUGAUUAUAAUAAUAUGGUACUAAACCCCUUGGGUUGCAAAAUAUAUUUAUUGUUUCAGAAAUAAUCUCAUUGUAUCUUUUGUCAUAGUUAUAUCUGGAACGGGUAAAUCAUUCUGCAUCUUCUGGACGUGCAUGUUCACCAGGAAGUGUUUGAACAAUACAGGCAUACCUGUAAUUAAUGGAAAAUCUCGCACUUCUGUUAAUUUCUACUAGUCUAAUUGUACCAUGUUUCCGAUCCUUUAGUUGAAAGUUUGAAACUUCGAAAUAUUCCUCCUCAUCUCCAACAGACUGAUUACUACCCCUAAACCAACACUCACAAUUAUACAAUUACACUGUCAUACUGUCAUCUUGAUGAUUUGAUUAACAAAGUUAUCGUUUUCUGAAACCAAACAUACUGUUUACUACCCUCUAACCAACAGUAUAAUUAUAUUGUCGUAUCCAUAAUGAAGUUAUCAUUAUAAAAGACUAAAGGUGAACUGUUUAUGUCACAGAGUGUAAUUGUGACUAUUGGUAUAGUGGUAGUACACAGUGUAAAAAUCACCAAUGGCUUCAGAAAUUUAAACUUGGUUUUAUUUCUUCAAUAUUUUGUGUUUCAUAGUUACAUACCAUAAGAUCAUACAUUUGAAAGAAUGUGAUAAAAAUGUUUUUAAAAAUUGAAGUAGAUAAUGUAACAGAAAAAUUUUGUGACUAUUAUUUCUCACCAUAAUCUACUUUCAACUCGUUAAAAUUUUUCUGUUAGUCUGGUAUAUUAAAAAAAACUUGUGCAAAGAUUUUACAAACUCGCUUUAAUCGAUUACUAGAAUUUUCUAUUCUAAUCGCUCAUUUUUUAAUGACAUAACGUCAUAUUAAAAACGCACCAAGAUUGAAUAAUGUACGCUUUGCGCUUGGUGAUUUUGAACCAGUCUGAAUUGCAUAAAAAUUUCCAAGCGUUGUAGUAUUAGAUAUACAAGCAGUAUUCUAAAUUUACACGAGUUAUACAAACAAUUUAUUGUUUUAAUAAACGUAUUUUAAAG